GACGUCUUUCUUCUUUUGACCGUCCAUCCCCCUGCUGCUGCCUAUAAUGCCUGUGGUUGUAGGUGGUGGUGUCGACCACCAUGUUUACUGGCCGGCAACGAUAACCGUUGCUCCUGCCGCGACUGCGGUGCCAGCUUUGGAACCUCGUGCGGUUUCGACUACGACGUUGUAUAGGACACCUUCGUAUACCGCUGAAGCAGUGGAUGACCACGGACCUCGUGUUCCCGUUGCUGCUAUCGCGGGUGGGGUCGUUGCCGGUGCGCUCCUUGCCAUCAUUGCGACCAUUGGCUGGAUCUGGUGGGGGCGGUCUUUGGAUAGGUCUGCUGCUAAGCAGCGGAGAGAGGCUGCUACGAGGUACAAUACCCUACGAAAUGCGACUAUCAGUCGUCCUCGUCCUCAUACGCGCUAUCGACCCAUGUAUCAACCUCAACUGCGAACGGCCGAAAAGCAGGUCAAGUUUGCAAAUUCGGAGGGGGAAGGCGGGGUGGACGGGAAUGGGCAGCCGGUUAUGACUGAGGUACCGGUUCCUCCUCCGACGAGGGCCCAGAGGUUAAGGGCUAUGACGCGACUACAUACGACGAUGAACGGACACGGGAACGGGAACGGGAUAAUGAUGCAGGAGGCGGGAGAAUCAUUACGACCAGCACCUCGGAUAGUACACCAGCCCUCAAAGCAGACGAUGAGCUCGGCCUCUGAAUACUCUACAGCCAGUGGUGAAGAACGGCAAAUACGGGCACCUUCAAAUUUACUGCUCGCUGCACUUGGGAUGGGGCGAACGGGGAGUACGGAAGGGAGCAGGCAUAGUCAGAACAUGGAUGAUAGUGGGAGCGGGAGGAAUAGGUGGUCGUGGUCGUCAAACCUGGGGAUAUUCACUCGACAUAGUCGGCAGCAGGGCAGAACGGCUUACAGGACGUCUCAGGCGACAGAACAUUCUGCUACGACGGACGGGAGUGGACGUGUUGUGGUGAUGGGUGUCGCGCUGUGA